AUGGUAGACCCAAGCAUCAACGAUGACAGUGGCGCCACCGAUGCUCUUCACAUGGUGCAGACAGACCUAUAUCUUGCGCCAGCACCCACCACGGCCGACGGAGUCACGUUCUACCCGCUUACUGCCUCAUGCGAUCCUCUCGCCGCCUACCUCUCGCCCAUCCCUCUUGUCGGCUCCGGCAUUCACUACUUCACGCAGUUGCUCUUCGAGCAACCUUCGAAUCUUAAAAUCCCCGCUAAAUAUGGGUGGUACUGGAUCGAUACGGUACUCAAUAGAGUGAGCUUCCCAUUGAAGGAAUUUGUUGACGAUGUUGGCCUGGGGGAACCCAUUGCGGCGAAUUACUUUGUGGAGCACCGUCUGAGUCUUUUAUGA